CGCUAGCUAGUUUCAAGAUUGUUAUGUUAGCUAGCUAGAUAGCUAUUUUUUUAGAUAUUGUUAGCCAUCUAAAUGUUAACAAGUAAAUCCGCUUUGUAACAAUACAUUCUCUGAGUUCGAACUAGUUCUGUGUGUUCUGCAUCUAUUGUCCAAAUGGGAAAGAUUAGCCACCCUGAUACUUGCUAGGUAACACUACUUAGCUAGCAAUUUAGUAAGCUGCUAAACAGCUGUUGCUGUGUUGUUUACAACAGCACCAUAUGGGACCUCUACUAGUUAUGUACUGUAGCUACUGACGUUUAAUAACUCUGUAAGAGUAUUAUAACACUGAGCUAACUGUUCGUUAACAUGGCAGUUGAACAUCAGUUGUGUCCCACAUCUAACUAUUUAACCAGCCUUCACUAUACAGGAUAGUUACACCAAUGUGUUUUUUUCCAGGGCAGUCUCAUCCCUUUUGCUAAGGAACCAUAAACAACAACCUAUACAAACAGACUGGUGGUUUACCAUUUUUCUUUUGAAGGAUGGAACAAGUUGAGGACUGAAGUUUUGGAUGCUCUGACAUUGCUGGAUCCUUUAUUAUAGUCUUCAUGAUGAGAUCUGUCUGCUCUCCUAGACAUUGACUCGAGCUUCCCCAGGACCAAUGUGCCCAUGAAGCCCUUGUUUCAGUGCAGGCUUCAGAAGCUGAGGCUAUAAAGGGACUAGAGGACUAAUCUGCAGCCUUAGUCCUGGUCCUGGACUUCUCUUUAGCCCUUUAUCAGUCCUCCCUGUUCCCUGCCCUAUCCCCUCACCACUCCACUGCACCACAGCCCCGGCCUCACCUGUGGCCAACAUGGGCUGGUUCCUCCUCCCAUUUGAUAACCUGCUGUGUAUGGUCCUUGGCAUAUCCUUCACUGUGGGAUUCAGCUCGCUGCUAGUCAUAGUCGUGCCGGCCGUCCUUGGAGUGUCUAUUGGGAUCCGCAGACUGUACAUGAAGAGCCUUCUCAAGGUCUUUGAGUGGGCUACUGUGCGGAUGGAGAGAGGCGCAAAGGAGAAGAAUCAACAUCUUUAUAAACCCUAUAGUAAUGGUAUCAUAGCUAAAGAGCUGUCCUCUCUGGAGCAGGAGAUCCAGGAGCUCCGUGCCAGCGGCACCACUCUGAGCUCUGAGCCUGAGUUUGAGAUGGCGGACAUCGUGUAUUUCUGCCGGCGGGGGGUGGAGAGCAUCGUGGAUGACGAGGUGACCAAGCGCUUUUCUGCUCAGGAGCUGGAGUCCUGGAACCUGCUGACCCGCAGCAACUUCAACGCCCGCCACAUCAGCCUGCGACUCAGCGUGCUCUGGGGACUGGGUCUCUUCAUCCGCUAUGGCUUCCUGCUGCCACUCAGGGUUACUCUGGCAGCCUCUGGUAUUGGUCUGCUUGUGGUCUUGACUACCAUAGUGGGCUUCAUACCAAGCGGCUGGUUAAGGACGUACCUCAGUGAGAAGAUUCAUCUGAUGUCUUAUCGCAUCUGUGUCCGAUCCCUAACUGCCAUCAUCACCUACCACAACAGUGAGAACAAACCAAAGAAUGGAGGCAUCUGUGUGGCGAAUCACACAACUCCCAUUGACGUCAUCAUCCUGGCCAAUGAUGGCUGCUAUUCUAUGGUUGGCCAGAUCCAUGGUGGUUUGAUCGGGGUAGUCCAGAGAGCCAUGGUGAAAUCCAGCCCCCACAUCUGGUUUGAGAGAUCUGAAGUCAAAGACCGUCACCUUGUGGCCGAAAGGCUUAGCAAUCAUGUAGCAGACAAAACUAAACACCCCAUCCUCAUCUUCCCAGAGGGCACCUGCAUCAACAAUACCUCAGUGAUGAUGUUCAAGAAGGGCAGCUUUGAGAUAGGCUGUACUGUCUACCCUGUGGCCAUUAAGUAUGACCCUAGGUUUGGCGAUGCGUUCUGGAACAGCAGUAAGUUUGGGAUGGUCAACUACCUGCUGAGGAUGAUGAGCAGUUGGGCCAUCGUCUGCAGUGUCUGGUACCUUCCACCUAUGAGCAGAGAGGAGGGAGAGGAUGCAGUGCAGUUUGCCAACAGAGUAAAAGCAGCCAUCGCCACGCAGGGAGGACUGGUGGACCUGCUCUGGGAUGGAGGGCUGAAACGAGGGAAGGUGAAAAAUACUUUCAAAGAGGAGCAGCAGAAGCUGUACAGCAAGGUGCUGGUUGGAGACCAGGAGGACCAAGGUGAAGACAGACCACAGGAAGAAGAAGAAGAGGGGGACCAAAAUGAAGACGGACCACUUGAAGAUUACACACCCAGACCACUGGAAGACUGCUCUCUGAGACUACAAGAAGAAAAGGAGGAGAGAGGCUCAGAGACACCAAUGAAGGACCAAUGAGGGUGGGGGUUCCAUUCCUACCAGGUCAUUAAGUGUCAGUGGAGCCCCACUCACUGUCUUGGUGAGGCACUAGACCAGAGGAUUUAUUGGAUUGGAAGCCUUAAAGUAAUUUCAAUAACAAUGAACUACUCAGAGACCAUGUAGUGCAACUGAACAAGUAUCAUUUUCUACAGGCUGUAAGCCACGUACUUUUGCGUUUGUGCUGCACUAUGCACAGUCAUUUUAUGAAUGUUAACUGUUUUAAUACUGUAUUUAAAUAUUUAUCUUUAAUAUUUUCUUUGUAUUUAUGCUAUUUUGACCAGUAUAUUUGGGUCGUUUUGGGUAGUGCAAUUAGGUCCCCCACAACUUCAUUAAAACAAUGUAUCAUAAAGAGCACGUUAAACUUAAUAAAAUUAAUUUCAGCCUGUUUUGGCCUUCCAUGGUGACAUCACCAUACAGUAAAUGAAUAGACCAAUAAGAAAGCCAAACCUCCUGUCAAUAACAGCACAUUUUUCACUUUUCCCCUCCCCACUCAGACUGCUCCCAGACGAAUCCUAGCAAAAUUCUUGCUUGAGAAAUUGCA